AUGACAACUGAUUAUAAGGAGGAAAUAUCACUUCUCUCUUUUCUGUGGAAAUACCGACCAGAAUAUAAAGCUGUGUACAAAUAUUUGGCACGCAUGGACUUCAACCAAUUGCUGAAAAGGAAUGAAGAAGAUUCAGUGUACGAGGAUCAGGAGCAAUCAGUGGGAGCUAUUCCAAGGAUUUUAACUGUAAAUUUCAAUGCUGGGAACUACCGGGGAAGCCAGGAAGCUUGGGCAGGGCUGGCACUUGAGAUAACCAAAGAAAUCGAAGAGUCUAUGACUUUGGCCCAGUGGCUCAGUACGUGUUGGAGAAAUGUUUGGAGAAGAAACAGUACCAUAUUUUACGUGCACUUUAUUUUUCCUUUUCUGGUUUUGGUCUUUGUGGCUGUGUGGAUUGCCUGGGCCGCAUGGAUGUUUCUACAACGAGCUAAAGAUCCCCAGCUUAAAAACUUAAAAUAUGGAUCUAUACCUAUAACUGUAAUAGUAAUAAUUUGGUCUGCUUUCAAGGGAGUACUUUCUAUUUUUAAGCCCGUGAGCAAACAAUUGAGUGGUUAUUUCAGCUUGCCUGAUCAUUCACAGGAGUUAGGAUAUCAAGAAAAGGUUAUUUCAGACAUUAAUUUCUUGAAAGAAGAAAUUGGUAAAGAACCAUACCCAAUUUUUUCUUUUAUUGCUGGUGAAAAAUGCAAUAAUUGGAGAGGUUUGUUGGAAAACAAGGUUAAAGGCACCCCUAUUCCCAAAUAUAGCUCAGCUCCAGACAGUAAGCUCCGAAUAAUAGCCUUUGUGGAUGACUUGGACCAUUGUGAAGACGAAGUUAUAUUGCGGGUGCUAUGGGCCAUUAACCUCGUCUUCAGGAUUUGUGAAAUUAGCGUUAUUUUAACAAUGGACAAGAAUACCAUUCGAACAGCAUUUCAAAAUUCUUCACACAACCAAGAUGGGGAUAAUGUAGAUAAGUUUAUAAGUAAAAUUAUCCAGCUGCCAGUGAGCUUACCGGACCCCACUGAUAAAGAAUGGGCAAAAUUUAUAGAACAUGAGCUGACAUUGAUUGAGCCAGAUUCAAGAUUGAUUGAUCCAGAUACAAGCAGAUCUGAAGAAGGAGAUGAAGACCCAAAUGAAGAUGAAGACCUAAAUGAAGAUGAAGAUCUAAAUGAAGAUGAAGACGUUAGUGAAGCUCUCUCUUUGGUUGAAGAUGAAGACAAUACAGUCAACAGGAUAAAUGAUGUUGAGAGUGGCAACACAAGGUGCGAGGGUUGUAUUCCGUCUUCCUGCAGUCUGCUAAUCCAAAUGCAAAAAGGUCUCAAAUCUUGCUUCGGGAAGAUCUUCUCUUGGUUACAUAAAAAGGAUAGUGAGCAAUCUCAACCUUCUGAUAGUCCCGCUGACCUACUUAUUGGAAGUCGCUAUGAUUAUUUGAGGCAAGGAUUAUGGCAUCGUCUGUCGAAACGUAUAUGGCAGCUUAGACAGAUAGUGAUGCAGGGUUACACUGAAGACGAAAUUGAAACAUUGAAUAAAUUCAAGGGUUUUGCGACAGGAAUCAACAAACUUCCCCGGGAGUGGAGAUGCUACAUAAACUACCACAAAUUUGCCAGAAAUGUAAUAGUUAAAAAAGUUGGAAAUGCAAAGUACCCUUGCAGAACCGUAGAAUUUGUGGCCUGGACGUUUGUAUGUUGGCAAUGGAAACGCGAAAUGAACAUUCUCAUAAAGGAAUGGCACUCUUACACUGAUGUGAAACAUAAAGGCGGCCAUACAAAAUGCGACCCUUCCCUCAAGGAAAUAGUUGCCAAUUAUAUAAAACGACAAUGGCCAGUCCAAACACAAGCCGGGCAAGCUGAGGGCAGCGAGGAAGAGGAGAAAAAGAAAGAGUGGAACAGAUUGAAAGAGGCCUUAGACACCGUGCAAGAUAUAGCAAUGAAAGGUUUGUCCACUUCAAAAGAAGUUCAGUAUCCGCGUGAGAUUGGGAAACUUCUAGGCUGGGUACCCUCCAUUGGAACUUCCAUGUUAAUGGAGGAGGAAGAAAUAAGAAAGGAAAAAGAACGAUGGUAUAACCUACUUAAAGCCUUGCACAUUGUCCAAGACGUAUCAAUGGAGGGUAUUCAAUGGUUUCAGCAGUUCAGAUUCCACUGUGAUGAUAGGAAUCUCACACUUCCUCUUGAAUACUCAGAACAUCCGGUUCCUAACAGGGGUCCCAACUUCUUACCUCCUGAACUUGAAGCUUUACUCAAGUAGGUUUCCAUUAGGAUUCCUUUUUAAAAGGAAUGCGUAAUUACUUUAAAACUGUCACUACUGUGUUAUUAUUGAAAUAGACCUAC